AGACAAAUAAGACGACUGUCAACUUUGAAAUUCUGAACUCGCAAUUCCAUAUAUAUUUAAGUAUUAAAAUUAUAGUGCUACUAGUGGAUAUUAUCUUAUCAAGCAAUUGUGUUAGGUAUGGCCCUUAUCAUAUAAUAACAUGCUCAUUGUGCUUUAGUCUGUGCAUACUAUUGUGAAAUUUAAAAAGAAAAAAAAAUUAAAAUCACUGUGAAUCACAUCAGUUAAACAUGCACCGGAGGUGUUGUUUUUUUUGCCAGGCCACAUCAGCCAAAGUGCCAGGCCUAACAUUACACAAUUUCCCAAAUGACUUAACACUCCGCAAAAUUUGGCUAGAAGGUUGUGGAUAUGCUCAUGAAAAAUUUUUUCCGCAUAGUAAACUAUGCUCACUACAUUUUGAUGAAAGUUCUUACAAAAUCACUAAGUCAAGAAGAUUAUUAAAAGACAAUGCCAUUCCAACAAAAUUUGAAAAAAAUUCAAAUUUUGAUUUUGGUGUGAAACCUAAUAAAUUACUAGUAGUAAAUGAUGAAGAGAUUACUAAUCAUAUAGUAUCUGCUAAAAAACCAGUUGAAUGUGAAAAGUCUAGUUCAGAGAUGAAAAAUGAUGUAUCUACCCAGAUAGUUGAAUGUGAAAAGUCUGAUUCAGAGAUGAAAAUGAAUGUGUCUACCCAGACAGUUGAGUGUGAAAAAUCUGGUUCAGAGAUGAAAAUUCAGAAAUUGUCAAAUACUGAACUUAUUCAGAACAUUCUAGAACUACCAAAAUCCAAAAUGAGCCAUCGUCUUGAUGGUGACAUAGCAACUCCUGUUCUAAGUACACCUAAACGUACAAAAAAAAAAAACUAUGCUGUAAUAAAACUUAAAAUCUUGAAACAAAGAAGAAAAAUUAGAACAUUACAACAAAGAGUGAAUCGACUUAAAAAAAAAAAUUCAAGCUUAUCUUCUUUAUAUUAUCAUCUGAAAAAAACAAAA